CAUAUGGUACCGUCGGUGACGUUAUCAUGGAACGGAACUGACUUUCUACGGAACGCUGUAGAACAGCUCUCAUUGUUGAUCGAUAUAAUAAACUGUUAGUCGCGUGUAUAUGCUUUAAAAUUGUCAUUAAGUUCUUCACAAGCUGAAUAAUUAAGGAUAACAUCCGGGCGGGACUUUAUCUUUCAACGCAAUGGCGUCUCAGUUCUUAAAGGAGUUCAGAAGUUGUGGGGACAUACCAGAUCCAAGGCAACUGAUGGUUUUGACAAGCCUGGUGUCCAAAAACUUGAAUGUAAAGAUUCCACUGAAGAACCCAGAUGGUUGUAGUUGGAGAAUAGGAGGCUUAAAGGACACCAUCUACUAUGAGAACCCUAAGGAGGUAGAGGAGUGGGAGAAAUUCUACCUGCCAGAGUAUGUGAAGAUGGAGGUCCUGGGAACUGUGGAGGACAUCCCCUGCCAGGGCACCCAGCUGGUCAUCGUGGUGGGUGAAGACAGGAACAUAUAUGGGCAUGAUGGAGAGACCCUGCACCUUGUCGCCAGUAGCAUAAAGGAGCUGUGUACCUCUGGGAUUCAGUACCCCGGCAUCAAGACAUUCUACAGAGGGGAGUGCUUCAAGAACAUGACGGAAAUGGAUUGGGAAGCUGUGAGGAAGGGCAGUGUGGGAAGACAACUGGAUUCAGACCACAAAGCUUUAGUGAACUCAGCCAAGUCUGGCAUCAGGCAGCGUCUGGCUGAGAUCAAGAGGCAGCGCCAAGGGGAUGCCUCCAAGUUAGAAAAGGAACCACCAACACACCAAAACGAACCAUGGCAGAUGACAUCACAGUCUAUUCUAUGAUGACAUUGACUCUCCAAGAAGACACGUUAUUCCUGCUUAUCCUCUCACUUAUGACUGAUGUAGCUAUUCAAUAGCUAUCAAUGGCCUUCUAUCCUAGCUUCUUGUAUCUUGUUAUUCUGAUCAUAUGCCAAGUAGAAGAGACCAGGCUGGUCCAUACUUUGAAGCACACGCACUGUGGAAUGGGAUGCUGUUCUAUUAACUGAGUUCAGAUAUGUUGUAUUGUAUGUAUAUGCCACCAUUAUUAAUCAAUAAAUAAACUACUGCUCAUGCU